AUGAUAAGGACUGCCGGUCUUGGGCGUGGGUUUCUCCACCAUAAUCUUCGUAAGAAGACUUCGCAAAUAUUUUCGUCGCGGCUUUACUCCAGUGAAAUUUCAAAAAAACAUUUGACAAAUGAGGAGGUGUCUGCCGAUGAUGCUUUUGACGUGAGAAAAGAUUUGGAGAAUCUCCACAUUUUAUCACUUUCACAAAUUGUGGCCCGCACAUCCACAGAGCUUGAGAAAAAGUAUCUUGAACCUAAUAAGAAAUUCAAGGAAAGAUUGAAAAACGAAUUUGGAAAAAGCCUGUAUUUAGUUAAAGGUAUAACUGGGAAUCCCAAAUACUUGUUUGAUCCCGUUAGUUUGGGGGAUGUUAUACAGGCAUCUAACAUAGACAACUACGAUUCCUCAUUAACAGGAGAGCUAGGUGUUAUAAUCAAGGAGCCAAUUUUUGCUAACGACGAUCACCAGUUGACUGUAUUGGGCCAAAAUGGCUCCAUUUACAAGACUACAAAACAAAACAUUCUGUUUAGAAUACCCGGUGUAUUUGAGAGAAAAUUCAUUAAAGAUGUUCUAGUAACUGAGAAAUUAAAGGAUACAGAAAUAAAUAAAACAGAAAGGACUGUUAAGGAUCCUGGUGAGCUGGUAAAUGGCGAUGAUUCAGUAGAGAUAUCAGAAGCUGGCCGUCUAUUAGUUUUGAAGAAACUUAAGGAUAUAACAUCAAAUGCAUGGACUCUUCUACCGUCUAUGCUAUACAAACUUGAAGUCGUGCACAGAAUUCUUCAAGUUGGCGGCAUCCAGUCUAUCUCAAUUUUUGAUCUAGCAACUAUAGCAAGAAGUUUUAAUAUUAAGGAUUUUCAAGAACAACUAAAGAAAAAUAUAGAAAAAGUUAGCGGAAAGUCUCUGAAAAAUAAAAUUAAUAACAAGGAAAGCUUGAUAGAUGCGGUUGAAUCGAGGUUGAACUCUUAUGAGGAUGUUGAGCGGCUAAUUGAGUUUGUCUCUAAUUUCCGCAUUUCAAAAAAUCAAUAUAGUUUAGGAAUCAAUUACGCAGAGAAUUCAAAAGGUAAUAAUAAGAGCGUGGAUGAGAGAGGUCUUUUUGCGAUAUAUUUGGCAUUACAAAAGCAAACAGACUUGUGGAAUUUAGUGUCGGAUACCAUUAAUAGUCAAAUAAGAUCUCCAAUGAUGAUUCAAGUGAAAUCCGCGUUGACACCCCUAUUAACGUUGAGCGAAAGGGAGUGGCAAAUGUAUGCCGAUUCUAUUAUCGACUAUAUAAAUUCAAGUCUAAAAGGAACUAGAAAUAUUAAUAUUCAACCACGGUAUUAUGAUGAAGUGAUUCAACUAAUUAGAGAAUAUGCAGCAGGCAAUAUUAAUGAUAAUGAGCAUAUUUCAGUGGUGUUAUACUUAUUGAGAAAGCUUGAUUUAUUUUCCAAUAUCAACAAACUUGACAGGACUUGUGCAUUUCAUCUACUAAAAAAAAUGGGAGAAUUACCUGAGGAUCCUGAGAACUUUUUAAUUUAUCAGAAUCCAAAUAAUUGGACAAAAACAAUUAAUAUUCCAGAAUUAAAAUUCAACGAGGAUAAAAUUUCUAUGCUAGAACAAGAUUACUAUGACUCGUUGACCGAGAAAGAUUUAAAAGAUCCUAAAACUAAGCAAUUUGCGGAUCCUUUGUUAGGAAAAAGAAGAGAUUUUGGUGAUUUGCCAGUAUAUUGUAUUGAUUCAGAAACUGCUCAUGAAAUUGAUGACGGUGUCAGUAUUAUGAGAGAAUCUUCUUCUAAAUGGAUUAUUGCUAUUCAUAUCGCUGAUCCUGCUUCAUAUUUUGACCCAGACUCUUCCAUUGCUAAGAUUGCGUUGAAAAGAGCCUCGACCAUUUAUUUACCAGAGACAACUGUGCCAAUGUUGCCUAAAUUGCUUUCAGAUAUUUCGGGAUUGGGAAUUGAUGGCAAGGACACUAGAACAAUCACUUAUACUGUUGAAUUCAACCCAGUUACGAAUCAAGUUGAUUAUGAAACUGGUGCAAUUGUCGGUGGUAUCGUAAAGAAAUUCCCUAAAGUUACCUACAAUAAGGUUGAUGAGAUUUUGAAAGAUCCGAGUCAUGUGUACUAUAGAGAUUUAAAUGAUCUUUUACAUGUCAGUAAAAUUUUGAGGAAAGAGCGGUCAGGAAAAGGGCUAAUCAUGAGAAGCGACAAAAUGGUUCCGGUAAUUGAUAAAACUACCCACGCCAUAGAUUUAGAAAUACAAAAGGAAACAGAAUCUACCAUAUUGGUUAGUGAAUUGAUGGUUUUAGCAAAUUCGAUUGCCGGUAAUGUAUUUGAAGGGAAUAGGAUCCCGGGUAUCUUUAGAAACCUUCAAAAAAUGAUUGGUUAUUACGCAUCGUUGGAGAAUAAACUAAGUAAAAAUAAGAAGCCAAAAAAUUAUUGUCCCGAAAUGGUUUAUAUUUAUGAUGCCUACAAGGGAUUACAGAAACGUUACCAGGCUACUGGUGUUCCAAUUUCCUUCGAGGAAAUUUCGAGGUUGAUCCAAUUAUGGAAUACCAGCUUUUACUCGAUGAAGCCAAGCGGCCAUUCAUUCUUGGGAAUUCAAAACUAUAACCCAAGUACUUCACCAUUGAGAAGAUUUGGAGACUUGGUAAGCCAUUGGCACACCCACCAAUAUUUGACUAAAGAACAUGAUUAUCCAUUCAACUUCAACAUAUUGGCGGGAAUAAUUCCUCACAUUCAACAACAAAAUCAGUAUAUUAAGCGUGUUCAAAGAAUUUCAGAGUCUUAUUGGAAGAUUAUCUUGUUGUUGCAAAAUUUGAAUGGUGAAGGUACUGAUAUUCUUGAUUCAUUAGUCAACAUCAAUUACCAAUCAGAAAAUAACAAGUUCAAGUUUGAGGUCCGUUAUUAUGAUACCAUCAUGGAUGAGUACGUUUAUGGGACUAUUGAGGAAUAUAAAUUGUCUGCAAAGUUAAAGAUUGGGAUCAAUGAAAUUAAACCGGAAAUUGGUGAGACUGUGCCAGUGAAGGUGCACCAAUUGAGCGCUGUGGAAAAUGAGAUUAUUGUCACGAGGAAUGGGAGUUAG